AUGGCACUGUGGCAGCAGCAAGUGGACGGGCGGUGGCGUCUAGUGCGAUGUGCUUCACGGCACGUCACUGAGACCGAGGCCAGGUACUCUGCAACGGAGAUUGAACUGCUGGCAGUAGUCUGGGCAGUCCACAAGGCUAGACUGUUCCUGGCCGGUGCUGAUUUCGAGCUGCUAGUCGAUCACAAGCCGCUCAUUCCUAUCCUGAAUGCUAAGACGCUGGAUGAGUUGACGUCUCCACGAACCCUGUCGCAAGAGGAUGAGGAAACAGGCCAUACAGUCCUCCCCGACCUUGGCAUUACGAAGGUGCGGGCGGAGGGCUCGACGGACCCGGAAUACCUCAAGCUGUUGAACGCCGUAAAGAACGGCUUUCCGGUGGACAAGGCUGCUCUGGACCUCGAUCUGCACCCGUACUGGCAGGUUCGGCAUGACCUGUCGGUUGAGGACGGCAUAGUGUUGUUGGGCCACCGUAUUGUCGUUCCCAGAAGGUUACGCCAGACCACGCUGGAGCAACUUCACGCUUCUCAUCAGGGACAGACCCGCACACUCCGCAGGGCCAGGCAAGCAGUGUACUGGCCCCAGAUCUCCAAUGACGUUAAGAACGUCGUCCAGACCUGCAGAUCUUGCAUCACACUGCUCCCCUCCCAACCUUCUGAGCCGCUCCUCUCUGACAGUGGUCCGUCCAGACCGUUCGAAGAUGCAGCGGCGGACCUCUUCUCCCUAGGCGGCUUUGAGUACCUGGUUCUCACCGACAAGUUUUCCGGCUGGCCAUUUGUUGGGCGUUGUGGGAGGUCGGCUACCACGUCUGAUGUCACCAAACAUCUCGUUCAGUGGAUGUCGGACGUUGGCGUUCCUACGCGCCUCACGACGGAUGGUGGGCCGCAAUUCAGAUCUUCAGCGUUCGCUUCGUUCUGCCCAGAGUGGAACAUUUGCCACGACCCCAGCAGCCCUUACAAUCCUCAGUCAAAUGGCGCGGCUGAGGCGGCGGUCAAGGCCAUGAAGCACUUAUUAAUGAAAAUUGGCAAAGGUGACGCCUAUAACAGCAGUGCCUUCAGAGAAGGGUUGCUGGAGUGGCGUAACACGCCUGGUGCAGGAGGAGCAAGCCCGGCCCAGCUGCUGUUUGGAAGGCCAACGAGGACCAAGGUUCCCACACUUCCUGCAUAUCUGCAGCAAAUAUAA